GAUUCAUCAUCCGGUUGAUCUUUUUCUCGAGAAACGAGUCGUCCCUACGGAUCGUUCCGACGAGAUACAGCCCUGAUUGGGCUGCUGGUCGCUCAGGUAGGUAGGUGAACGUAGGAUAGUAAACGGGUGACGUCAUUGGUUCCUCGGGUCUAUCAGAAGGUGGGAUGGAGAGAGAAAGGGGACACCGUAUGGUCUCUCAGAGAGAAGAGAAAGACGAGGAGAACCUGAAAAGAGAGUGGGAGAUAUUCGCCAGUACACCGUGAGCCGCUGGCUUCAGGUACGGGUGCAUGGCACCGUGUGCAGGCAGGUAGUUCUGUGGUUCUUCCUCCACGUUUCACCGCGCGAUCGCGUUGUUCAACUUAGCGAAGCUAUAUGCGCAGGAAAAUAUUUCCGUCCUCGCCGCGCUUCUUCGUGAUCCGGAAUUGGACCGGAAGCUGUUAGCGAGGAAAGAACUCGGGAUAUCAUCUUGUUACGUGAUGACAUAUCAUCCUUUUUGUGCAUAAGAGUGUCGCGCAGUUAAGUAACAAUGGUGAACGGUGGUUUAUAGAAUAUUGAGUUAAAUGCGAAGAUAUGGAGCAGCGAUGGUUCUGAUAAAAGAAAGUUGCUCCUCGUUCGUUUGAGAAGUUAACGCGGCGGAACGAGAGAAGCACGUGGUACAUCGAGAUGGAACGAGAUGAUCUCAUCAACAAUUGUUAAUCUAGAAGAGCAACUUUAUGAUUUGAGGAAAUAAAUUUUAUUGUAAAACAUAUAAUUUUUUUAUUGUAAAUUCACGGCAAACUAUUCUACUUGUGAUCCGAAGGAUCAGGUCACGUAGAGAAAUUCUAACAUAAAAUCAACGAAACUUGAAGAGAAAUUCUUUCGAGUAAGUUUCUUGUCGUAUAUGAUCGCUUUAAAUUCUCCCAACUGAGAAUUUUCUCUCUGGCAAGCGUGGACGAGCAAUUUCAAAAAUAUUAUUUACGGAAUCGCCGAGAAUUCUUGAAGUCGUGAUAAUAAAAGAAUUGCGAGCUUAUCACGAUAACGCCAAGUUUACGAAUUGAAAGGAUGAUUUUACCGGCUAAACAAGUGUUUAAUCGAUUCCUCUGGCAACGGUUUCUACCAGCACAUCCUGUAUGCAUCUGCUGCACAUAAUUCUUUAUAAACAGGCAUUUGCCUGACUCUCUCGUCUAAGAUAUACGCUUGCUCAUCGUCAACCUUCGAGUUUUCCUUCUUCGUUAUUUCGUAUUCUUAAACGCUCUCUUAUUUAUCUGAUCCUCGACUGAAGAUGCAACGUUAUUACGCAAAGUUCCACAUCAUAGAAUGACGCUUGUAACAUUUAACGUGACUUCAUCCAGAAAUCAGUGCUUGAAAAUAAAAAAAGAUAUGAUAUAUUUCAAUAAGGAAAAAUAGCAGAGGGUUGAACCAUAAAAAUGGUCGUUGCCCUUAAUUUUACCACGCAGUUAUCUCAGCUCGUAAGACCAAAUUACUCGAGACGGCAAACAGAAGAGAUAGCAAUGUAUAUUAUUGCCUAAAAAGAAGGAAGGUUGAAAAAGGGAGACCCAACUAUAAGGGAAAGUUACUCCAAGUGUAACCAAACGAUAUUAUUAGACUGACAUGUAACGUGUCGCGUGUAGACACUGCAAACAACGCUAUCGUCACGCUAAGGAUCACGAGGAGUUUUCUGCUGAGUGAGUGGAAGUUCGUAUUUGUCUUUAACCUGAUCUGGAGAACAUUUCAUCUUGCACGAUGUUUUCGUUUCGAUGUUGGAGUGUGCCGGAAUUCGAACAAAUCCAUAAAACCUUCGCAAUACAAAUUUGCUCGACCACUUUCGAAGAUAAUCGCGAUGAAUUCGCAGAAUCAUAGACGAGGACGAGAUAAACAUCUAUGUAUAAUUCGGAGUGUGUAGAAUGAAAAAAUGUUGAAGUGGAUAAAAGUUCGUCAGACUACGUCGGCAACGACGCCUGCGUCACCCAAGUUAUCCGUAUCUCAUCGGGAAGUAAAGAAAGAUGAGACGAGAGUUGAAGCUGAGGUUAAGAAAGAAGAGGAAGCCGAAGAUAGUGGAAUGGAGAAAGAAGACUCAGUUUGCAACGUCGAGCUAAGUGAUCUGAAAAAAGACCUGUUCUCGCAGCUGCAGUUUUCGCAAGAGAGCGCUCUGCCACCCGACACGUUGCGCCGCGCGCUGGCAGAAAGCUUUCUCGAUCAGCAGAGAUUUCAGCUGGGUUUCAUGGACGACGCGGCAGAAUGUUUCGAAAACAUUCUUUUACGUAUACAUCUCCACAUCGCAAGCGGCGAGGCUGAAGAUAUGUGUAGUGCGAGGCAUUGUGUGCCGCAUCAGAAAUUUGCUAUGACGCUCGUCGAGCAAAGCGUCUGUGGAGCUUGCGGCGCGACGUCGGAGCCACUGCCUUUUACACAGAUGGUUCAUUAUGUGUCUGCAUCAGCGUUAACAUCUCAGGCUCAUCAAACGUCACUGAAUUCGCGGAACAGUCCAGAUCUCUUCGGACAACUUCUUCGAAGAGCUGGUGGAAUGGGUGACAUCCGGGACUGUCCGAGUUCUUGCGGUGCAAAAAUUCAGAUAUGCCGGACUCUGAUGAAUCGACCAGAAAUAGUUUCUGUCGGUGUCGUUUGGGACAGUGAACGACCGUCGUUGGAGCAUAUCAUGGAUGUCUUUGCGACCGUGGGCACGUCCCUUCGGCUUAGUGACGUCUUCCACAGUGUAGUGGACUCUCGAUGGGGUGCCUCUACCGUGCAUAAUCUCGUAGGAGUGGUUACCUAUUACGGGAAACAUUAUUCGACCUUCUUCUUUCAUACGAAAUUAAAGGUGUGGAUCUAUUUCGAUGAUGCCACUGUCAAGGAAAUUGGACCUCGGUGGGAGCAAGUCGUGGAGAAGUGUAGGAGAGGUCGUUAUCAACCUUUACUACUCCUGUAUGCGACGCCUGCUGGUACUCCGGUUAAUACGGAGAAUGCUCCAAAGACUGUUAUUCCUUUCCCGAAUAAUAAUGGUUUAAAGACGUCCCCAAAGAAUAGCGUUCGCCGUUCGAUUACACCUAGUCCUGAAAAGCCAUCCAUCAACAGCACUGCCAGACGUGCCAUCACACCCAAUCCCGAUAGUCCGCCUCAUCACUAUACUCAACGAAGCAUUUACAGUGAUUACCAGAAUCUCACAGAUAUCCAGAAUAACAUAUUUGGCAACCAGGGUGUAGAUGCGGUUGACGGUGACAUAGAGUCGAAAUAUAUUAGUCGUCGUGCCGUGGAAAACGUAAUGCAACAACAGAAGAAACAGCAAAUGCAAUUGACACGUAGUUUAAGCGUGGGAUCGGCCCCGCAAGAUGGUAUCAGCAUCCCUGAUCACAUGAAUGUGCCUCGAAGACGGGAUUCCGGCAAUUGGUCCGGUGAUAGAAACAGCGCGUCAUCGAGUUCGUCGACCACGAUGGACAAUACGUAUUUGUAUAUUGUUAAUAAAAUGCAGAGAAAUUCAAACGUACCUAAAAGUCCUAUCAAAUCUGGAGAACUCUCGAGUAGCAGCAGCGGUCAUUACGAUGCCGGUUACGAUUCCUAUUCUUUGUCGUCUACGGACAGUCUUCCACUUCAGCAAGGACUAAAGCACAAUUUACAGCUUGCUCAAAUACCGGAAGGUUAUCAACCUUCUUCCGGUGAUGAUUGCGAACGGUUGUGCAAGGAGACGGACGCGUUGCUGGAUAAAUCCCGUGCCGCUGAAGAUGCUGGCGAUCUUAACACGGCCAUGGCAUUGUGCAGUGCGGCCAGUAGUAAAGCCAGAGCUGCGAUGGAUGCUCCGUAUAACAAUACUCACACGAUUACGAUAGCAAGAAUGAAACAUAAUACUUGCGUCAUGAGAACGAGAAGUUUGCAUCGAAGAAUGCUACAAGAACAAGCAAUCGUUAAUGGUGAUAAAGAAGAAGGGUUACCUGAAGGAAGGCAUUCUCGAGAAAACAGUAAAUCAAGUCAGCAUUCGAGGCAAAGCUCGCGAGACAAAGGUAAUCAUUCUCGACAAAACAGUCGGGAGCUUCUAGUAAAUACAUCAGCGACGGUGGAUAAACCUACCACGAAGAGUAUCGAGAUUUAUGCUACUUUACCGAAGAAGAAGACUCUACGUAGUAAAGCAACGGCGGUAAAUGUUAUCGAAGACGAAGAAUACAUGCUUUAUGAUCGUCCAACACAAAGGACUGGUUUGUUUAGUCGUACGAAACGCUGCGACGACGAAAAGAAAGAUAAGAAACGCGCGAGAAGCGAAGAAAGAAACAAGAAUGUAUCAAAGGAUUUUUCGAUAGCACCAUCUCGAUUAUCGCCAUCUCCAAAAGGAGUGAAAAUUGAAAAGCCGAAGGAAAUCGUCGAAACUAAUACAACUGCGAUCAGAAAUGCGCAGCUCAACAACACGACUGCAGUGGAACAGAAACAAGGCAAGAAGCAGCAUAAGAUACGCAGAAAAUUGCUGAUGGGCGGAUUGAUCAAGAGGAAAAACAGAAGUAUGCCAGAUUUACGAGAAGGACAGGAUGGUCAGACGAAUGUGAACCCAGAAGGAUCCUCUAAUAUCUUACCGAAACAGUCAUUGGAUGAUUCCAGCGUUGGUUUGAAAGGAAGCGAUGCAAAUCAGUCAUUGUGCGGUUACCUAUCAGAAGGGCAUCUAGAGUUUACCGGAAACGGCGGAUCUGGAAAUACUAGCAAUCCGAAUCUUGAGAGAAGUCGUCUGAUGAGAAAGAGCUUCCAUGGCAGCGCUGGCAAAGUUUUACAUGUUGCGAAAGUGCCUCCACCUCCUCCGCUUAGGACUACUUCUCAGCUUAGUAAAUCUAAAUGUUCGAGUGAAAUGCACAAUGAGCAUCAAUCUGACAAAGUUGUGUAUCCUUUGCCGGAUGGUCGAUGCGCGCCCAAUUCGUCGCAGGAUCAAAACAGUGCUUAUUGGAAUCACAUGAAUACGAACAAUUCAUCCAAUAUGGCAAACAGAAAGUCAGAUUACGUUGAUUACGCUUCGGAAUCUCAUUCUCUUCCAUUUAUACCGUCCUAUAAUGAGCAGAGCAAUAAUAUUUCUGGAGCUUGCCAAACGAACUACAAUAAUAAGCCUAGAAUCCAGGAUGACGUUGUACAAUAUGCUAACGGCAUACUUUAUGAACCGACUUUUGUCGUUACUCGUGCGGACAUUCACAAUGAGCAGACUCCUGUUAAGCAACAAUUUCAGCCAGAUUCUUUGCCGCCUUAUCCCGAAAACAGCAACAUUUCGCAUUCACGGCAACCGAGCGAAGAUUUUCCACCACCGCCAUAUCCUUCAAUCCAUUCGGUGUCACAUUCGAGACAAACUAGUGAAGAUUUCCCUCCGCCUCCUCCACCGAUUGAUGAACCGCCGAUUCAAGAAACUCAACAGCUUCAAGUUCCCGUUCAAUCGCAGCAACGUGCGCAGCAAUAUGAAGCACAGCAAAUUACCAGCUUGUUAGCGCAGUUACAAAGCAAGAGGGAGCAGAUCUUGACUGAUCCAAGUGAAGAGAAACGGCCGGAGGAGCACGAGGAUGAAGAGAAGUCUACGAGUGAAACGUGGUUGAGAGAGUUGCAAGCUAAACAGGCAGAGAGAAAAAUGAAGCGGCACGGAUCUUUAAAUCAAGACAUUCCAAAAGUAAGGAUUCCGUCGACAAUUCAAGGACCGACUAUCGCUAGGAGAACCAGCGAUUUAAUGAUGAACAAUCUCGGACAGGGAUACGAUCAGGGACGUGAUGUUACGGAUUGUCCAAAAGUCGUUUCUUCGGUAAAAGAUAUGGCUGCUAGGUUUGAACAGAUUAAGCUGCAACCGACAGCGAAAUCAGAAGCUGACAUGAAACCUCAAUCAAAACAGAAUGUGAAUUGUGUUUCUCCAAUGCUUAUCUCGAAUAUGCCUCAAGAAACAUCAUCGACGGAGGGAACGAAAUCGAUUACCAGCAAUUUAGCCUCUGAGAAUUCUGGAGUAUUUACGGAGACUUCAAGUUCUCAGGCCGUUUCGAAAUCCAACUUUGAUUCGAAUUCCAAUCAGAAUUUUGUUGCGAUGCCAUCGAAUAAUUCCGGUAUUCAACAGAGCGAAUUAAAUGCCGCGAUAUUAUCGAUGUCCUUGACACUGCCGCAAGAGAAUGGUUUGCCUAUUGAUUGCCCGGAAGAUGACAUCAGUGAAGUAGCGAUGCAGAACACCAUACAGAAUACAACGAUACUUCCAAGCGAGGAGGACAUUGCCCCGAGAAAGGUGAAACGACGAAUAGGAAAGAAGAAAAGUGUAUCAUUCUGCGACCAAGUGGUGCUUGUUGCAACAGCGGAGGAUGACGAAAAGGAUUCGUAUAUACCUAAUCCUAUUCUGGAGAGAGUUUUACGGUCUGCAAUGAACAAACCUGAAACUGCUCAAGUGCUACGAGAAAUCAGAAGUCUUCAAGAAGCGGAAACGAAUCGCGAAAAUACUGUCGCGAAAUUCCAACAGCAGACUCUUCCUUUAAAGAGCGAAGCUGACAGCAUGCCGGCGACACCUUUCCAAGAUCAGCUGAGAAGCGUUAAUCCAAUUCCAGAUACCAUUAAACCUACAUUUGGACGACAGAAUUCAAGUGAUUCCAUGGGAUUAUUAACGGAUAAGAAGUCUUGUGGGAAUGAAGGCAAAGAUGUCGUCGAUAGUAGAGAGACGUAUGCUGGUGUUUCUGCGAAUACCUCGAAAACCUCCACGUCUUAUGCACCGCAACAGCAUAUUAGAUACACACAGAACGCAUACACGCAAUACUUGCAGUCGAUGUAUCCACAGACGCAAACAUCUCAAUUGACAAUGAGACCUCAAAUCAUUCCUUUAUCUCAAACGCAGAAGCCAGCCAGUCCUUAUCCCACGCAGAUGCACGGACAGUACAUACAAAAUAAUAUGCCGCAGACGAAAGGAUUGUCUCAGAAAAAUGGCUACGGAACGUAUUAUCAGUUGGAGCAACAGCAUAAUCAGAUGAACAAGCAGGCGAACGUUCAAUCGCAACAGAAUUUGCUGAAUCAAAGGAUCUCGUCUCACAACGCCAGCCCGAUAACCGUCCAGCAUUCGCAACAGCAGUUCUCAUAUCCGUCUAAUCAGUCACCGAAUCCGUAUCAAAGUCAAUACUCUCAAAGUUCCUAUCAGGGUCAUCCCUAUCAAGCCGUUCUUCCGCAGAAUAGACCGGGUCAACCAUUAUCAUCGCAGUAUCAAUCGUCGUCCAAUUCACCCGCGUUUUAUCAACACCAAAUGCAACAAAACGCGCAGAAUUAUCAGCAGAGACAUGAUAAUUAUCAGCGACAAUUAGCAUCUCAGAAAAUGGAUCAGCAAAAUUCCGUGAUGCCUAAUCAAACGUAUCCUAAGGCCCUGCAGAACGGUCAGAUACAGCCGAAUGUGAAGUAUCCGGCCUAUCAACAUCCUCCGCUCUCCAAACAGAUGCAUUUCGCAAUGUCCACCGCGAAAGUCGUCCCGAUGGUGACGCAGCCGAUAGUAACGCAAUCUUCUUUACAAGCAUCGACGACCACCGUAAGAGCAUGCGUGACACCCUGCAAUCUCUGUCGAAAGAGAAAUGUACUUGAGCCAACGCUUUAUUGUACGGACUGCGAUUUUUAUAUGUCUCGCUUCCGACCGGCUAAUAAAACCGCUUGAAUUGUUUCUCAUUAAUUUAGAUGUCAAAUUACAAAUGUUCAUAUGUUCUUCGAUGAAGGAAUAGCAUCUUCUUCGUAUAAAUUAAUUAAUUACUCAUCGACAAAAAUAACUAUUGAUGCUCAUAAAAGUUCUAAAUGUUUACAUUUCUUAGAGCGGCAUUGUAUCACAAUUUAAAUGAUUUGCAGGACGUACAAUUGUAAGAAUGUAAAACACAGAAAAUCAGAAAUGUAAUGUUCAUGCUUUGCAUGUUUGAAAUUUCUUACAUGCAACUGAUUAAAUUCUUAGAGAAUUUAUAUAUAAAAUAGUAUUCAUGUAGUAUUUCAAAAUAAUUUUAAUUUUAUUAAUAAUGACUUUCGAUGAAGUAAACAUGAAUAUAUAUUCACAUAUUAAAUAUAUUAUUCACAUUGUAUAAAUAUUAACAUCGGAGACCCUCAUCGUGCAGCUAUUAUUUACUCUCAUGUACAAUGUAUUACUGAUAAUUUCAUUUCUAUAAUUUACAUUAGAUAUUAAAAUGGACUUUGUACUUAAUAUUAUAUUAUUUUAAACAUAUUUUAUGCUGUUGAAGAUUAUU